AUGAGAUUCUUAAGUGAUCCUGCAUCCAAUUUCAAUCACAAUCGCCGUGUUGGUCCUGGUCCAGCACCAGGACCUGGACGUGUUCGGGCCAGUCUUGAGAACAUACAUCCACCAACUGCUUGGAGGCGCCCAUUACCACCUCCAGCCCAUGAAGGACCACAGUUAAUUCGCCGCGAAUUUAAUGGAAACUGGCCAGCAGGAGGACUCAAUCAGGCCACACGAUUCGCACACUCUAAGGACGCUGCUGUGCUGGACGUUGGCAAGAAUCAGUUCUAUCGUCCCAAAGAUAAUCAACAAUACAAUCAUCAUUCAACACAGUACAUACAGAACUUUAAGGCGUCUCCGCAUUUCAAAGGAAACGAGCUAAACAAAUAUCCAGUUUAUUCCCCGAUUCAACAACACGCGAUUCCCGUUGAAGCCUCCAAAUACCUGGCAUUUAAACAUGGACAAGGACAAGGUCAAGGUCAAGGCCAGGGUCAAGGCCAAGGUCAAGGCUAUGGCGAUGUCUUAACUAAACAAAAUCCGCACUUUAAUAAUCAGUUUGGACAAACUUUAAAUAGCUAUGCGGUCUAUGAAGAUGUCGAGAACGUGGCCAAAACAGCAGCUAACUUUGGCCAAAACUAUCAACCGAAUGGUGCAUCUGCUGCACCACAAAAGCUAACAAAAGCAGCUGAGGAUUAUCUAAAUUUCAUGAGCACUAAUGAUUAUUUUCUGCCCAGACAUGAUCCAAACUAUAAGCAACUGGAUUUGGAACGCGAUCAAAUGAAGUAUCAGCAACAGCAACUAAUUCAAAAGGAGUCACAACAACAACAACAACAAUUACAACAACAACAACAAAAACAACAAUUUCAACAAUCACAACGUCAGCUGACAGAUACCAGUGUAUCUUCUACUUACAACAAACCAUUGAGGGUUGCCGAUCUCUUCUAUCAACAAGAUCCUGCUCCCUCCAAUUCCAAUUCCAACACCAACUCCAACUCGGCUGUCGUUCGAGGCAGUUAUCAGGCGGGUCAGAACGCCUUUGUUGUCAAAUCGGAUGGCAACAAAUCGGUGAAGCACAUUUUGUCCUCAAAGCCACCUCAAUCGCAAACCCAAUCUCCACCUUUAUCUACUUACACAAAAACUUGGCACAAUACACACAAAACUGAAACGCCAGAACCAUUGCGAUUCGAGUUUACUGAACAUGAUGCUAUCAGGGGAUCUGCGAGCUACACAAAUGCACCGCACGGACAAAAGUUCUACUAUGAGACACACCCAUCGACACCUCACAUAUCCUCGGUCAGUGUGUCGCCUCUUUCUGAGAAUCCGAAGCCGGUUCAGGAAGUCACAGUCAACGCAAAGGAUAAUAUUGAAUAUGUUAAUAAGAAUGCCCAAGAGCAGCCUAUUUUAGAGCCUGCAAUUGUUUCGGCCAAUCCAACAGAAGCCGUAAAAGACAACGAAGCAGUUUGUGAAAAAAUUUGUUCAAAUGUCUAUGAUGAAAAUGAUGAAAUUGUCUGUGGCUCUGAUGGAUAUAUGUACACUGGAGAAUCGCAACUUGAGUGUUAUUCCUCUUGCUUAAAUAUUGAGGUUUCCAUAAAGAGUAAAGGGUCAUGUGCUUAAGUAUAAGUUUUAUGCUAAAUAUAUUUAUUUGUUUAGUUGUAAUAUUUAAAUUUAAGUGUAU